CCCUUAUCUUCACUUAAACAUCUCAUCAGUUUCUCACUUUAUCCCCCAAAAAAUAAAAUCGUACUCAUUUACUUCUCCACAGAUUUUGUUUUCAAUUGUUUCGUGUUAUGGAUUUGGCUUCUGCAGUUAAGAAGAAUGAAGUAGUAGACGGACACUCAACCAGGGGGUGGGAGUUGGUUCAGGCUUUGCCAGGGAAAUUGAGAACCAACGUAUCUGAAUUUCCAGGGAAGAUAAAGAAGUUGGGACAAGGCGACCCAAGAAGAAUUGUUCAUUCCUUCAAAGUUGGACUGGCCAUCACCUUGGUGUCACUAUUCUACUAUUUUGAUCCUGUCUACGUUGGUUUUGGUAGCUCUGCAAUAUGGGCUGUUUUGACUGUUGUAGUUGUCUUUGAGUUCUCUGUAGGAGCAACCCUGGGAAAGGGCUUAAACAGGGGUUUGGCAACAUUUCUAGCUGGAACUCUGGGAUUUGGUGCUCAUCACUUAGCGACCUUGCCUGGAGAGAAAGUCCAGCCUAUACUACUCGGGCUAUUUGUCUUCUUUCUAGCUACAACAGUGUCAUUUAUCCGAUUCUUUCCUCGAAUGAAGGCCAGAUAUGAUUACGGGCUUGUCAUAUUCAUCUUGACGUUUUGCUUGAUAUCUGUUUCUGGUUAUCGCGAUGAAGAGGUGCUCGAAAUGGCGCACAAAAGAGUGUCCACAAUACUCAUUGGUGGCUUUACAGCUCUUUCUGUUUGCAUUUUCAUCUGCCCGGUUUGGGCUGGCGAAGAUCUUCACAAUUUGGCUGCUAACAAUAUCGAAAAACUUGCGAACUUCUUAGAAGGUUUUGGUGAUGAAUACUUCAAAAAAUCGGGGGAUAGAGAGUCCAACAAAGCAUCAUUACAAGGAUAUAAAAGCAUACUUAAUUCAAAACAAACCGAAGAAUCUUUGGCUAAUUUUGCUAGAUGGGAACCCCGUCACGGGCAGUUCAAGUUUCGACAUCCUUGGAAACAAUACCUGAAGAUUGGAAGCCUCACUCGGCAAUGUGCUUACAGAGUUGAAGCCCUUAAUGGCUACCUCAAUUCUGAUGUUCAGGCCCCACCAGAAAUCCAUGGAAAAAUUCAGGAGGCAUGCAUCAAAAUGAGCUCAGAAUCUGGGAAAGCCUUGCAGGAAAUAGCAUCAGCUAUUAGAAAAAUGACUCCACCAUCUUCUGAUUGCCCUUACAUAAGAAAAUCUAAAAACACCGCAAACAGCCUCAAGUCCUUGCUCAAGACAGGGUGGUGUAAAGACAUAGACCUCCUAGAGACUGUGGCAGUGGCCACCAUAGCUUCACUACUGCUUGAUGUUCUUUCUAGCAUUGAAAAAAUUUCAGAGUCCAUUCAUGAAUUAGCCUCUCUAGCACAUUUCAAUAGCGUGGAACCUGAUGUAGCAAAUGGGAAGCCAAGGUUAAAUCAGCAGGGACAAGUGCAGUCAAGUUCUAACAGCGUUGAUCUACCCCACCAUCGUGUUAUCACAAUUGAGUAGCCAAACCCAAGAAAAAUAGAUUUCUUAAUAGAGUAGAGACUCUGUGUGAUUGUCAAUUUUAUUUUUUAGUAUAAUUUGUUUAUUCCUUUUUAA